AUGGAAUGCGAAAAUAAUCCAGCAUGGCCAUUUUUGCGACAAUCGCGCGAACAAAUGAUUGCGGAUCAAUCAAAACCGUACGAUUCGAAAAAGAAUGUUUGGAUUCCGGAUGCGGAAGAUGGUUAUGUUGCUGCGGAAAUUAAAUCAAGUAAAGGUGACUCUGUCACUGUUGUUUCUGCUCGUGGAAAUGAGGUAACAUUAAAAGCAGAAAUUGUGCAAGAAAUGAAUCCACCAAAAUUCGAAAAAACGGAAGAUAUGUCAAAUCUUACUUUCCUAAAUGAUGCUUCCGUUUUGCAUAACUUACGUGCACGCUACGGUCAAAUGUUAAUUUAUACAUAUUCGGGACUAUUCUGUGUCGUGAUUAAUCCAUACAAGAGACUUCCGAUUUACGAACCAUCCGUAGCCGAAAUGUAUAUGGGUAAACGACGAACUGAAAUGCCUCCUCAUUUAUUUGCUGUUUCUGAUGAAGCAUACCGGAAUAUGCUUGUCGAUCAUGAAAAUCAAUCAAUGUUAAUUACCGGUGAAUCUGGCGCUGGAAAAACUGAAAAUACUAAAAAGGUUAUUGCCUAUUUUGCAACGGUAGGUGCAUCCCAAUCACGACAAGAAAGUGCAAAAAAGGGAGAAGUGGAAGAAGCAUCAAAUGAACCGGCUAAAAAGAAGGUAACCUUGGAGGAUCAAAUUGUUCAAACAAAUCCGGUAUUGGAAGCAUUUGGUAAUGCAAAAACUGUCCGAAAUAAUAAUUCAUCACGAUUUGGUAAAUUCAUUCGAAUUCAUUUCUCGAAAUUGGGCCGUGUGGCAUCAUGCGAUAUUGAACAUUAUUUGCUUGAAAAAUCACGUGUUAUACGUCAAGCACCAGGUGAACGAUGCUAUCAUAUAUUUUAUCAACUGUAUUCCGAUUUUAUACCAUCGUUGAAGAAAGAAUUAUUAUUGGAUAAGCCAUUGAAAGAAUACUAUUUUGUUGCACAAGCUGAACUUACAAUUGAUGGUGUGAAUGAUAAGGAAGAACAUCAACUUACCGAUGAAGCAUUUGAUAUUUUACAUUUUUCAUUGGAAGAGAAAACAAACUGUUAUAAAUUAAUGUCAGCAAUAAUGCAUAUGGGUAAUAUGAAAUUUAAACAACGACCACGUGAAGAGCAAGCUGAACCGGAUGGUACAGAUGAAGCAGAAAAAGCAUCCGCAAUGUAUGGUUUAAAUCAUGAAGAUUUCCUGAAAGCAUUAACAAAACCAAAAGUUAAAGUUGGCAAUGAAUGGGUCAAUAAAGGUCAAAAUAUUGAACAAGUAACAUGGUCAGUUGGUGCAAUGGCAAAAGGUUUAUAUUCGAGAGUUUUCAAUUGGCUUGUGAAAAAAUGUAAUCAAACGUUGGAUCAGAAAGGUAUUUCGCGGGAUUUUUUCAUCGGUGUAUUGGAUAUUGCUGGAUUUGAAAUUUUUGAUGUAAGUUGUUUAAUUUGA